AUGUCCGCGCGGGUUACACGAAAGCGAGCACGAACGUCUUCAUCCGCCUCAGCAUCCAACACUCAAGACGAUGCGACAAAAGGCUCCGGCGACGAGUCCAUUUCCAGGAAGCGUGACGAAGAGUUUUGGUACAGCGACGGAAGCGUCAUCCUCGUCGCACAGGACGUUGAGUUCCGCGUAUACAAGGGGCUUCUCGCCGAGCACUCUCCUGUGUUCAGGGACAUGUUCUCUUUGCCGCAGCCUCCUCCGGCCUCGGAGCCCGUAGUAACACUCUCAGAGGAUGCUUGUCCCAUCGUCCACAUGUCCGACUCCCCUGAAGACCUGCGACAUGUCCUGCACGCCUACAUGCCGAAAGGCGGCUCAAGCCCGUUCUUUGCCAGUGUUACUCAACCGUACUCGUACGACAUGAUCUCCGCGGCGAUUCGGCUGGGUCACAAGUACCAGAUGUCGAACCUACUCGACCACGCGCUCGAAUACCUGAAGCAACACUUCACAAACGACUUCGAGACAUGGCGGGGCCACCCGUACUAUGUACCUCGCGGGUUUACCAGAGAACAUGCGAUUGGCGUCGUCAACCUUGCUCGCCUAACAGGGGAGACCAGCCUGCUCCCCACAGCGUUCCUGGCCUGCUCCUUCCUCGCCGAAGACAUCGUCCACGGCUUCGAACGGACAGACGGUACCCGGGAGCACCUCAGCAUGGCCGACAUCGGCUUGUGCAUCGCCGGAAGGGUACGGCUCGUGAAGGAGUCUGUAAAGGUCGCAUUCCGCGUCUUUCAGCCGAUCGCCUCGGACAAAUGCAAGAACAAGGCGGCGUGCUUGGAGAACUUCAGGCGGAUCUGCACGAAACUCGACGAGCACGUAGAUUCCAUCACCGCUCCGGAUCCAUCUGGCACAUACUAUACCAAAAUCCAGGUGAAAGACCUAUGCGUGCACUGCUACGCGAUGGUGAAGGAACGGGACACGCGCGAGAGAAAAGCCGUCUGGGAACAGCUCCCCGCAAUCUUUGGCGUCGAGUUGCCGAAUGCCUCAGCCAACGCUGAUGUUCCCGCACCGUAG